CCGAGUUUUGACCUUGGACUUUUUUCUCUCUCUCUCUCUCUCUCUCUUUCUUUCACACGCCACGCCAGAACCAGAACCAGGAGUAGCAAUUACUCAACCCUCUUUCAACCACCACCAGUCCACCACCCUCAUUUCAACUCUUGUAAGUCACCGUCCGGUACUGUCUGCUGACGUGCCCAGCCUCUCCCACCUCGGCCAUGGGCGUACUCCGCCGCCGUCACCAUUACUGGUUGCCAGCACUAGUAUUGACGGCCUUCACUCUUCUCUUGUUCUCUUCUGCUGCUUCAGCCAUGACCAGCAGAAGCAGCAGAACUGCCAGAGCAUCAUCAGCGCCAAGUUUUGGAGUCGCAGCAAGACACGUGCAACCUCGCAUGGAAGAGAAGGACAAAAGGGCAACGGCGGGGGAUGAGAAGAGGUCGAGGGGUCCAGGAUCGUGGCCGCCGUCGUGCAGGUCAAAGUGCGGGUGGUGCAGCCCAUGCGAACCGGUUCACGUGCCGGUCCAACCGGGUAUGAUCAUACGGCUUGAGUACUACCCAGAAGCGUGGCGUUGCAAGUGUGGGAACAAGCUUUUUAUGCCUUGAUCACUCAUCAUUCGCACAACCAUCAUCAUCAUCAUCAUCAUAUAUUAACCUUGUUGCCAAAACAGAACAGGAAAAGACAUUGCAGGCACCCAUCUUAAGAUUUUCCCCUUUAGGUUUCUUUUUUAUUUUAUUAUUUUCUUAUUAUAUCUUUCUCUCUCUCUCUCUUCUCUCUCUCUCUGUCUCAAUUUUAGUGCCUACCAACAUGCAUUGAUUAAUGAUUGUGGUGAUGAGGAUGGGUUGUUGGUGAUGGUGCUUUGUUUUUUGUUCUUCUUACAAUUAGUGUUAUAUUAUAGUUAGUACUAAGUAUUAUUGAUAUCUCAAAAUUUGGAGGGUUAACCCUUUUUGAGACAGGAAGCUAGGGAACGUUGGGAAUGUAAGAUGCUAAUAAUCUCAGAUUUUCCAGAGAUAUAUAUGUUCAAGCAUCCCUUCUCUGCUCUUAACACACUCUCUCUCUCUUUCUCUCUCUCUCUCAAUGUAUAUAUUAUAUCAUUUCUCUUUCUUGUUUUGGUUCUUUAUUAAUUUUAUUUUCUCGGACACCUUACAGAUAUCACAUUAUGAAAAUAAGUGAAAGUUGUAACAUAUAAUAUUAUGUUCAGAAAAACAGAAUCAUUUUCUUGUUCUAGUUAUUAUAGCUCCAUUGGUUCCAUGCUCCCAUGCCUGUGAAAUCCAGAGAGCAUCUUUGAAUAGAGAUUGUGGUAUCUGAUUUGUAUUCUUAAUUUUCCUUC